GAAGCGCACUGGGAGGUCUCUUGCACCUUGCUGGGGUUCUGGCUGAUGGGGUCUUGCCAAGUCUCAACCGCGAGAGCUUGGACAGAUCCUAUGGUCCCAAGGUGCACGGCCUCUUCAACUUGUGCCGAAUUCUGGAUUUUGACAAAGACGCGCCUCAUAUGCUUUUCUCCUCCACCUCGGCACUCUUUGGAUCACCAGGCCAGGCCAACUAUUCGGCCUCAAAUUCGGUGCUCGACUCCUUGGCACCCUUCUGGAGUUCACAGGACCCGGAGGAAGGUGACUUCCUUCGGCGAAAUGCGCGUUCGGUCCAGUGGGGCCCCUGGGCCGAGGUCGGCAUGGCCGUGCAGGCAAACACACUGGGACGUGCAAAGUCCAUGGGUGUCGGUGCGUUGACCAAUGCCCAGGGCCUCGCCAUUAUCAGCAGUAUCCUCAGCAGCUCCAAACUCCUGGUCGGUGCCGUGCCGGUGCGUUGGGGCAAGUAUCUGAAGAGCGCCUACCCGCAAGUACCCAGCUUCCUCAAGGGCUUCGAAGCGGAAGCCAAGAAGGAGGCUGCCGAGGCUCGGUCGGCCACGGGCGCCCCCGAAAAGGGGGCGCUGGGAGCACUAAGUGCACUGAAUGGCGAAGAGCGGCUGGCGGCUGUUCGCAACAGACUCCGAGAUCUGGCGCGGGAGGUGGUUGAUUCCCUUGACUUGGAAGCUGAUAAUCCUUUGAUGGAUGCCGGCAUGGACUCUCUGUCAGGUGUGGAAUUCAGAAAUCGUCUGCAGAGGGAGUUUGACGGUAUCAAUCUGCCGAACUCCAUGGUUUUCGAUUAUCCCACUAUCGCCGAACUUGCUGGUUUUAUCAAUGGCCAGCUUGAUGAUGCACCGGAAUCGCCGAUGCCACUCGUAUCGGCCACCGCGGUCUCACCGCAAGCGCAAGAGCUUUUCCUGGAGCCGCUCAACGCGCUGUGCAAUGGAGGUUCUGAGACACCGGCUAGCAAGCCAGUGUUCCUCAUACCAGGUGCAGGCAUGCAAGCGGGAAGCUUUAGAACCCUCGCUGCGCGCCUUGCAUUGGCCAGCUACGGCUUGAGCUGGCCGAAGAAUAUCCCCAGAGAAGAGUGGCCCAGCAGUCUCAAGGACCUCGCCGAGCUCUUCUUUGCGGAAAUCCAGAAGGUCCAGUCAAAUGGUCCUUAUAUUCUGGCCGGCCACUCCUUCGGCGCCAAUGUCUGUUUGGAGGUAGCAGCCGUCGCUUCAUCGAAGGGGCAGCAAGUAUCUAUGGUAAUUCUGCUGGAUCCUCGAAGCUUGCUACCACUUCAAGUGGAUGUGCAAGCCGCAUUCGCCAAUUCAGGCCUUGUCGAGAGCCUGGCGUUGCUGGCGCAGACUCUCCCGGGUUCUGAAGGAGAACGCUACGCUGAGCUGUUGAAUUCUCACGCCGGAGAUGGCGACGAGGCCAUCAGGAGAGCUCUCAGCCCGGGGGCGCUAUCUUCCCUGGAGCAUGUACAUGAAACGAUUCAAUGGUACAGCGCUCUGCUUCAGCAGGGCCAGGCUCCCCCGGCUCUUCCCGGAACCAAAGUCGCAGUUCUGCGAGCCUCCGUGGCUUGGACAUCGGCGAAGAUGAAUGAGACAGUUGCAGAGAGAAUUGUACGUGAGUUCCAAGCUCUCACGUUCCAAGACGACAAGGAGGUUGCGCACCAGCUUUCUUCCUUGUCCGAGACUCCUGAAGUGCACAAGGUGCCGGGCACUCACUUCAGCAUGCUUCACGAGCCGAAUGUUAUGAAAGUCGCGUUCAAGGUCUUGUCGGCCUUGUACAGCGCGGAAGAGGAAGACGAGGGGUAG